AGCAAUAGACAGAGGGAGGGAACGAGAGGGGAGACGGAGAUAGAUACACAUUGCUAGCAAAAACAGUCUACAAAAAAUAUAAAUAGAAAAGGUAUUUUAUUUAUUCUCAUUAGAAUUGUGUUUCAUUCAUCUUGUUUCAUUCAUCUGAGUGUGAGGUUACAAAGAGGGGGCGUGUGAAGGUAGACUGAGACAUCAAGACGAAGGUAAAGAGACACUGCAGUGGAGCUGGAAUAUGGAUGCACAGUCUGAGAGCUGUGGACCACCACCAUGUGACCCUCAGCCUCCAGGUAAAAUCAGAAAAGCCUUCAAACUAUUCGGCAAGCGGAAGCCUGGGAGCAGCGUCGCUAGCAUCUUCUCCAUACGUGGGAAAGGAGAUGGAGGCCCUAAAUCACCGCCGUCAAAGAGCAAAACCCUGGAUGGAUUAAAUGAACCUACUGCCCCAGAAGCAGAGGCGGAGCAGGUGGAUCUUGACCAGGGGGAUGAGAGUCAACAGGACGAUGCUCCAAUGGAGGAGUUCACAGAUGGGAACAUGAAUUCAGAAACUACUCCUACGCGGCACUCAAUCACUUCCCUCACCUCUGCUAAGUCUCUGAGCUUCCUCAAUAUGCUUCGCAAAGGUAGGCAGGGACUAAUGGGAGAUCGGCAGACUCAGACCGAGUCUCAGAGGCCCGGGCGGCAACGGAAGGGUCUGAAGGGAUUGUUUGGAACAGUGCACUGGCGUGGUAGAGAGAAAGAGGAUGAGGAGCAGGGUGAACCAGGCCCUCCCCUUCUUGCUUCCCGCUCCAACAGCGUUGAGAUUAUAAAGGAGAGUCUCACACUGACACCCGGACCUCCACCUCGCUCUGUGGAGGAGGCAGAGGAAAACCCUCAGCUUCCUACACCACAAGAGGGCCCUGCAUCAUCUGUGGACUCUGCAAAGGUGAGCGGGUCAACCAAACCUCCUGCAAAUGAACGCUUGAGCACACUGCUUGGAGAUAUCUCGUCAAUUUUAAGCUUUGAUUCACUAACGGCAUGUGGAGAUAUUGUAGCAGAUGUCGAGGCAGAAUGGGUUAAAGCUAGCAGUCGAAUGGAGGAAGCACCUAGCACAUUCAAAGUGGAUAGUUCUGAGAAGACUUCAUCUUCUACGACUUCUACCAGAUCAAAGCCCAGUCCUUCUCCAACUCUAAGCCCAUCCACCUCGUUCAAACCUUCCCCUACUUUAGCAACCAAACCCACCCCUUCACCUACCACCUCCAAACCUAUUCCCAGCCCUUUGAAAAAACCUGCAGUUUCCUCAACAUCCUCUCCAGUGACCAAAAUGUCACCAUCUAUGCUUGCUGACCCUAUUAUCCCUACUCCAACAUCCAGCCCUCUCACCAAGCCCACCCCUACACAAUCAGCUAUGCCCAUAACCCAGCUUACCCCAACACCUAUCCCAAUUCCUCAAGCCACGGAAACUGCAACAACUACUCCAAUUAUCCAACCUACCCCACCCGCUACAUUUUUCUACAAUACACAGCCUACCCCAAGCCCUAAAUCAAGCCCCACAACCACAUCUACAACUUCCCCAGCUAAAGCUACAAUGUCCCCUAAAUCUAGCCCUGAAAUCAAACUAGACACAAUAUCUAGCUCCACAACUGCCCCACUGACCAAACAUAUUCCAUCCUCUACACCCAUUCCUCCGUCCAUCUCAGCCCCUACUUCUGAAACAUCCCCCUCACCCACAAUUAGUUCUACCCCUGAACUAGCUGCUGUUACUAAAGCUGAACCUGCCCCAACCCCUGUAACUAAACCUUCCCAAGCCCCAACCCCUUCAACAAAACCCACUCCGUGCAUUACCCAUGAAUCCAAACAAACUGUGUCUACCUCUGCAGCCAAAUACACCCCUUAUCCACCACCUUUUGGUAAACCUACCCCUGCCCCUGCACCAACACCAAGACCAAAACUUGUAACAACAUUUGGAUUAUCGACAAGCCGAAACACUGCUCCUAUUGCCAAGCUUGAGAUAAAACAACCCAUGGGACAAACUUCAAAAUCUAGCACCCAAACUGGCACAACAUCUGUAAGGAAAGCCUCUAUCUCUGAAUUGAAUGUUCCUAUUGCUAAAUCUCCAUCUGCUGUUGGUCCUAUUCUUACAUCUUCCUCUGCCACCACAAAAUCACCCACAGUUCCCUCUGCACCACAAGUUCCUGUCCUAAAGUCUCCUCCUGGUAUUUCUCCAUCAUUCCUUUCUUUUAAAAUCGCAGAUGAUGAUGCCAGGAUAGAUUUAAGGGAGGACCUGGUAAGACAAGAAGAAAUUGACAACAGAGUGGCUACUCAAAGCAUCAGCAAGGCAGUGAAAAGGGGCCUUGCAGUGAAGCCUACAACUCUGAGUAAGAUUCCUGUGAGUGGUGGAGGCAGACCUCCAAAGCUGCAUCAUCGAGAUUCCCAGCCCAAUGGAGAUGAGGAGCACUCAAAUUUAACAACACCGGUACAUGAAGAGGAGAGCCCAUUCGCUCUCUCACGGGAAAGCAGCAGCAAGGAGGCCCUCAGUGAUGUCUCCACAGAAUCGGGGGCUAUCACCCCAACGCUCUCCCACAGCCAAGAGGACAUUCUUGAUGGAAAACUUGGUCUCCAGACAUCAUCACGUCCUGUAGCUGGUGCCACAAGCUUAACCCGGGAAUCCAGGAUCCCAAUUAAACACGGAUCUACUGCAACCUACCAUUCUGUACAGGGCAGGGCAGAAGCCACACGUUCUAAGAUACCUGUGUCCAAAAUGCCUGUUCGUCGGACCAGCAAUAAGCCUGCACCAACAGCUACAGCUGCUGUCGCCCGAAAAUAACUGAAAUAAUAAUUCUGUCUAUGACAAAAUCCUGAAACAUUCCACUGGCUACAGUUUUCUCAAGAUUUACUUUGUGAUAUUCGUUCAGGCAUUACUGCACCUUUUUGAAGCAAAAAAUCGUCACAGGACAACUGGAUUGUUACCGUUAUUUGAACUAAGUUACACACUGGUGUUAACCACACAAUUCUUUUAUCAGCUGAGUGUUUUAUUCAUAUCACUCUUGAACAGGCUGAUGCUGUGGAUUCAACUCUGUGUACAACCAGGAACAGACAGCACACCCACAGGCCCUGUCUAGGUAAUCUCUAUGGCAACCAAACGUGCAAAUUAAAUGGCAGGCACUAAAGCACAAGAGCCCUCACCUGGAAUCCAAAGCCAUGAAGACCUUCUCUGAAGAAACAAGCAAUGUAUCUGUCCAUUAUCUCUGGCAUUGUAAUAGUCCAUAAUGGUCUUUUGUGGUAAUUAAAAGCCUCAGAGAAGAAACAAGCGAUCCAGCACAGUCUUGUGGUUUUCAUCCAGGUCUAUAACACCAGAGGAGCCCAGUAUCAUCACAAAGGUGCUUUUUUCUUAACAUCCUGCCUGCCACGCAGAAAAAAAAGUUUUGUUACAGACCAAUGGAGAGAUCUUUGUAGCCUUUGUUUCUAUUUUUGUCUGGUGUCUUUUCCCCCAAAAAAAUUUUUAAGUUAACUUUGUGGAUCAAUGUUAGUCUUCUUCAAACUCCCUCGUGUUGUAUGCAAACAAACAGAAUCUCUUACCUAUACAGUUCAUGCCAAGACAGGAUAUUCCACAGUAUCUUUUGAAUGUAUGUAGCAGAACGCAUGCCCUACCUUUUCAACAAAAUGAGCCAUCUCACUCCUUUUCCUCUCCCCACCGAUAUCCUUUUCUCAAGUUUUUUUUUUUUUUUUUAAACACUGUGUUAAGUCACACAGUGCCUGUCAGCUGUAACAAAUGUGUAUGUAACAUGUCAUCAUGGAACUAUGAGGCAUAUGGAUCUCUGGAGCUCUAUGGAUUUUUUUAUUUGCCUGCACUUUAACAAUGUGCAUUAAAGAAGGUUAAAGACAGUAGAGAUGAUGUUUCACAGGCAGUUGGUGUUAUAGGUAAGCUAAGACUUUCAUGGUUGAGAGUAUGUUAUUUGGAUGGAUUAUGUUUUUUUUUUAAUUUAUUCUUUAAGUUGCCAUCACAUGCACAUGUUUAACAGAGGACUAUUUUUUGUGUGUAUGAGUGUGUGUGUGUGUGUGUGUGUAUGAAUGAGUGUGUGUGAUUAUCUUAAAUGUCACAAUGUUUCCUAUUUAAUCAAUAAAAUGUGAUUAUACCUA